AUGGCACCUUUAUAUAAUUUGUUGAAAAAAGAUGUGAAAUUCCAAUGGUCAAAAACAUGCCAAGAAGCGUACGAGUUAUUGAAGCAAGACGUAACGUCGGAUCAGGUUUUGACACAUUUUAAUCCAAAAAUUCCAAUAGUUUUGUCAACUGAUGCUUCUAAUUCAGCGGUAGCAGGGGUUUUGUCACAUAUUUUUGCAAAUGGUGUUCGAAAACCAAUUGCGUUUAUUUCUCGUGCACUUUCACAAACAGAAAAAGGCUACAGUACUAUUCAAAAGGAAGCAUUGGCUAUAGUUUACAGCGUCUCAAAAUUAAAACAAUAUUUAUUAGGCGUUCAUUUUACAUUAGAGUCUGAUCACAAACCACUUUUGGCUAUUUUUGGUGAGAAUAAAGGUUUACCAGUUAUGGCGGCAGCAAGGAUGCAAAGAUGGGCUUUUAUUUUGUCUGGUUUCGAUUACUCUAUCAAAUAUAUUAAAGGUGAACUUAAUCAAGCCGAUCACUUAUCGCGGAUUCCGCAAGAAGAAGUAGGCAAAAUAAGUAACGAUUUUUCAUAUAUAAAUUUAGUUGAAACAGAUAACCAGUUGAAACUAGAUUUCAAAAAUAUUGCAAAAGAAACUAGACGCGACCCGAUUCUUUCAAAAUUGGUAGAUGCGAUAAAUAGUGGUACAAUUGAUGCGUUAAUGGGCGAAGAAUUUGGCCCUUUUCGUAAUAAGAAAAAUGAAUUGUCGGUUGAAUACAAUUGUAUUCUAUGGGGCUAUCGAACGAUUGUUCCAUUUAAAUUACGUGAAGAGGUAUUGAAAGAAUUACAUCUGUCACACUUAGGCAUAGUAAAAACCAAAGCAUUGGCACGUUCGUAUGUUUGGUGGCCUAAAAUAGACCAUAAUAUUGAGAAAAUGAUUUCGAGUUGUGUUUCUUGCAAGCUUACUCAGUCGAGUCCAGAAAAAUGUCCUUUAAUCCCAUGGACACCCACUGAAUCAGCUUGGUCUCGAAUCCAUUUUUUGGCAAACAAUGGCAUUAAGCAUAUUUUGACCGCUCCAGGUCAUCCGGCAACCAAUGGCCAAGCAGAAAACUUUGUAAAAACACUUAAAAAGUCGUUGCAGGCCAUUUUAAACGACACUGGUGGUGGCAGCAAAAAUAUGGACUUAAUAUUAAAUCGGUUUUUGUUCGAUUAUAGAUGUGCAAAACACUGCACCACUGGUGAAUCACCAGCAAAGUUAUUGCUUGGUAAAGAGUUAAAAAACCGAUUUAGUUUAAUGAAACCACCGUUGGUGCGAGAAAAGAUCUGUGAUAAGCAAUUAUCAAACAUUAAAAAUUUUAAAGGCUCAAGAAAUGUUAAAUUUGAAGAAGGUGAAAAUGUUUACGUGCGCGAUUAUUCAAAUCCGAAUAAGGACGGUUGGCAACCAGCUACCGUAAAGAAACGUAUUGGCUCACGAUCGUAUAGUUGUGUUCUUACUCAUAAUAAAAGACGAAUUAAAAGACAUUCGAAUCAAAUGAUAUCGGGCACAUCAAAUGCGUCACCAAAAUCGAUCGAUGGUAGGGCAGAUAACUCUCCUAAAGAAACAGCCAGGAUGACGGCAGAGCCGAUAGUCAAUGCAGAUUCAGAAGCUGUUAUCGCAACUAAUGGUGCUGAGCCAUCGAUUCUCGAAUCACGUUCUAGUAGAGGUUUAAGACCUAUUGAGAGAACGAAUUAUAAGUAUAAUGACAUCCCCAUAUUCGUAAGGCUUGUUCCUCUACUGACACAUGAGGACGUGGAGCUGAUGCUGAUGUUGGAGUUGGAGCUGUGGCAGCAGUCGGCUGAAGGAAAGUCUGUACCUCCCUCGAAAAAAGGACGAAAACGACGACGACAGCAGCCAAAGAGAAGAGUUGAAGAAGAAAUUAUUGCUUAG